UGAGGCAGCAGAGAAAACACCGCUACCCUGCCCCCAGCGCUUACAGAAGACACAGAUGAAAUGCACGGACGGCCCGAUGGAGAGAAGCACAAAUCAACACUUAGAGUUCAGAACCUGGCCGGUGGGAGGGCCGUGAGAGGCAGGCAAAGCCACCCUGCCGGGAGCCCUCUGCCUUCAAAACCUCAGGCAAACUGCCAACCCACGUGACUUGUCCCUCUGCCGCAGCUUGUCGCCUCUGUGCCUAUGUGCCAGGUGACUUCCCAUCCCAAGCCGUUCCCGGCUACAGACAUCUACACCUCUUCAGGGAGCAUCAAGGUCAGAGGCAAGGCCUUGGGACUUCGCUGAAGGAUCCCUCAAAGCUGGCAGCAGCCAACCAGCGCAGGGAUAUGAGAUGGCGCUGCCGUCGCCAUCUACAUUUCUGUUCCCAUCCUGUCUUCGUCACGACCCCCACCAUCGCCGCCGUCACCACCACCACCAUCGCCAUCACAACCACCUCCAGCACCACCACUACCUCUACCGACUCUACAACGAGCAUCGCCCCACAGUUGCUGCCACCAAGCUCAUCGCCAUCAGUCACCCCCCCCAUCAUCACCGUCAAUUCCAUGCCCAGCUCCACCACUGUACUCAACUUCAUCAUCACCGCGAUCGCCAUCGCCACCACUGUCACCACCACCGCCAACACCACCAUCGCCCUCACCGACAUCACCACCAUCACUGAUGUCAUCGUCAUCAUCGUCACCAUCACCAACAUCACCACCUUCUUCGACAUCAUCACGAUCAACAUCGUCAUCACCGUGAUCACUGUACUUACCAGAAUACCAUCCCCGGCCUGACCAGAAUUACCAGUGUCAAUGCUGCCAUCACCACCCCAGGGCCAUCUCACCAUCCCGACACCACCAUCAACGUCUUUGCCACAACAACCGUUGAUACUAUCAUCGCCACCGUUGCUG